UGUCAUUGUAGAGAAUUUUUCGUGGUUAACAAAAAAUUCCAAAGCACGCAUUUUGCGGCAAUUUUCGCAAAUUAACUUGGUUUUAAAUGCAUUUACAAGCACAACAUUGCAUAAAAAAGAAACAUAUAAGAAAACGAGUCGAGUUGAAAUCUUGAAUACACUAAAGCGCUACAAAAUGUCUCGCGUAGUACGCCGCAAACAUGUGCUUAAGGAAAUGAUGGAAGAUGAUUUCGAGCUGCCCACCGAGAAGCAACAAAUUGUGCGUGUGGUCAGUAGUCGUGGCAAUAAUCUGCACGAAGUGGAAACAGCCGAAGCAAAUGCGGAAAAUUUCCUAGCAUCCAUGCCGAAUAAGUUUCGUAAAAAUGUUUGGGUUAAACGUGGUGAUUAUGUGUUGGUAGAACCCAUUGAAGAGGGUGACAAAGUGAAGGCAGAAAUAUGUAAAAUCCUCACACCCGAACACAUAAAGGAAUACACCAAAGCGGGUGUAUGGCCAAAAGCGUUUGGUAAAAAACGUGAACACGAACAAGUAGAAAUGGAUAGCGAUGAAGACACAGACGGUGAUGACUUGUUGAUGAGAAAUCCCAAUAGACCGGCGCAAACGCAGGAAGAUAGUGAUAGCGAUGAAGACGAGGAUGAAGAGAACUCAAGUGAUAACGAUUAAAAAUGUCAUAUUGUGGCUGUAACCUGCAGCAACCUAAGCCAUUAUACUGUCAACAAAUGAGUGCUUUACUGUGCUAUCAACUAAUUUGCGUUAUUUUUGCAACUACGUAUGUAUGUUAUAAACUAUUUAGAGCUAAAGUAUUUCAGUAAUAUGUUAAUUGAAUAGGUUUCUAGGUUUUGUAUUGUAAUAAAUAGGAGCGAACACAAGUU